AACAGGGAACAAUAGAGGUGACCAUGAAGGGUCAGGCAAAAUCAUUAAAAGCUGCAUAACAAAUGGACCUCCUGUAGGAGUUGUAAGUGCAAUUACGCCAGCAAACUUUGAUUAUGAAAUAAUUAAGUAACAAAUACCAUCCUUGCGAACAAGUACAAGGUGCACAUAAGAAGACAACCAGCAACACAAUUCAUCCAAUAUGGAAUACAACUUGUACAGGAAGAAAAAAAUUACAACUGUUUUCAAGGACAGCCCUUAUAAAUUGCAUGACCGUCUAGCAUUUGCAGCACUUACAAGACGUUUGUUAUUUGCCACCGAAGAACCAAUAGCCAACCCCCUCCAUUUUGAGAUCUGUUGGGGUUCUCCGUUCAAACUGCGACCUGUAACAACAGUUUUGAAAACACAUUUCCCUUCCAUGCAAAUGAUACAGGAAGCAAAGUUGUUAGAAAUCCAAAGACUUGAAAACAUUCAACGCCGGAAGAAGCUCGCAAAGCAAGUGGAGUCAGAAUUUAGAUGCAGGCUACUUUUGGAAAGAAGACCACUGCCCCCAAGUGGUCCCAACUAGACCUCCUUCAAAUUGAUGAUUGUUUCGAUCUUCCAACAAUAAUGGUUCAGUCAUUUGUAAAAUCAAUAAGCAAAUUACUAGAGUGUCCUGAAAUUGUAUCUGGUAACAUCUAGUAAGAUCAUGAUCUAGUAAGAUCAUCAUAACAUCACUUUGAUGAUGAAAUACAGAGCUGGAGAAAGAUUAAAAAAUCCUUAUGGUCAUUAUUAUGGGAAAAAUGACAUUUACCUUUGUGUAGAUAUAAAGACAAAAUGACUUCAGAAUAUUCCUAGUGAUAGUUGUAGGUUCCGGGGGCAGAUAGUUAAAAAUGAACUUUUCCAAACUCUGAUCAUCAGGCAAUUCCACAUGGUAAACCAGAACUCUUCCAGAUUAUUGGGCUUGUUCUGUUCCCCACCUCCUGUUCUUCACAUCUUUGGCUAUAAAGAGUUUUUACAUUGUAUUUCAAUUAACCAUAAUUUAGCAUUAUAUCUCAAUCAUAAACUGUGAGUAAUCUUGAUUUUGGUUAGUGAAAUGCAAACAGUUUCAUAAAAUAUGUGUUGAAGGUG